UGAUACUUAAAAGCUCACUUUUGUCGUAAUUCGAUGAAAUAAAAUGCUGAAGAUUUCUUUAACCAUAGGCAAUUUUACCGUGGGAAUAGUAGCUCUAUUUGAAACUAAUUUGCUAAAGAGUUGUUGUAGACACCUGGCCAUAGUUUCUUUUGUUUUUUAAUAUAGAAAAGAGAUAUGUCUUUUUCUUUACACCAUACGAGGUAUAUGUAUAUAUAUUAUUCUUUAGACAUAAUAGUAGACAUUCAUUACCCUUUACGUACAAUGCUUUUAUUCAGCCAAUCUUGAAGUGUAGUAAAUAAUACUCUUUAGUCCAUGUAGGUUUUCGUGAGUUUCAUUCAAUAGCAAAUUCAUUGACUUUUAUUAUUGAAAAAAGUGUUUCACGCGGUGGGGUGGACGGAACAAAUCUAUGGAUAUUUUUCCUACUGUGUCAAUAGUUAUUUAUCAUAACCGUAAACCGCUCAAUACACAAACAGAGGGACAAAUGCGACAUGGGAUUAUCUGCUAUGGAGAGGUUUUCCUCUGUUUAAUUGGUACAAAUUCUUACCAAAAGUGGACCAUUGUUGGUAAGGUGGAAUGUUUUGAUAAAUAGAUGAAUCGGGGUUUUGUUGACGGGAGUAAAGAAGGUUUGUGUAGACUGGGCAGCAAUAAGGUGUAUUGUGAUUUAACGCUAUUGUCUUCGGUGUAUUGUGUUAAACUAAAAGCGAAAUGAACAUCGCAUUCCAGUGUUCAAUAUCAGCCAGUCAGAGUGUAGGAUUUCACGCCCACUGGACACACAAAGAAAGUUGUGUGUCGUAAUUAGAGUUACUAUUUAUUUUUAGGGUAGACGCGUAUCAUAAUUGCGCCAUAACUAUUCACUAAUUGUAGUGUCUUUAUCGGCCUGUUUUGUUUCCGAUGAACUAAACUUCUUUAAAAAUUGCUUCCAACAAAUAUGUUAAUAUAGAUAAGAGAGCCACCCCGCCAAAAACAACGACUUCAAUGCUUCUCACUUAUCGAUGUAAACGAUCUUUUUCUAUCUUUGAAAGUAAAAAUAAAUUACCGGUACUAUAUCUGGUGCAGACUUGUUAAAGAAAUGGUACGGAUUUUUCGCACCAGCCAUUUGUUUUUGUUUUUGUUUUAAUUAUUGUAAAAAGCAUCAGGUAGAUUCAUUUCAUUUAUAUACUGCAUAUAAGCCAUUACUUUAAAAUACUAAUGUAUAAAACAUUGUGUAAAUAUAAAUAUUAGUAUAACCUUUAAACAUACACGAAACAUACACGCAGGACGUAAAUCAUUAUGCUUUACAUUAAAAUUUGAAAUAUUUAUUGUAUAGUUAAUUAUUUCAUCGUUACAGAAUAUAAUCUACAUAGUUUAACCAUUUUGUUUCAGACUAUUGCUAUGGUGACGCCUUGAGGUUAAGUUCCAUCAUGGAAUCCCUAACGUGGCAGGGAGGGUCAGUCCCGGUCCAGUACGUGGAUGAUGGGGCAGACAGUGGUUGUGACUUGGAAACGUCUGUGUUCCUAGAGGAGCAUGCUAUACGACGGACUAUUAUCUACUCCGGUAGAAAUUCAAAGCACUCUAAUAGCGAUGAUCACUCAACCACAACCGAACUCUCCACGGACCACUCGUCCCCGGGGGUACUGAAGAUUUUCGGAGGGACUAUCGUCCCUGGUGUGGAGUACAAAAGCGUGCUUGCUUCUUGUAGAUCCACGGCGCCAGAAUUGGUGAAGCAGGCGCUGGAAAGGUAUGGUUUAUCGGCCAGGCUACAAGAUGAAUAUGUUUUAUGUGAUGUAGUCGGUCGGGCCAACGCUGGAAGUACUCGGGGACUGGAUACAAACAACAAGGUCAAGCGAGUACCAAGGUGGAAGAGGAUGUGCACGAGAAUAUUAUCGGAUAAAGACAGACCACUCUUUCUUCAGAAGUUUUGGCGGCCGUCUGAUGGAUUCUGUCGGAGAUAUGAACUUCGCAGGAAAAUGGAAGUGAUAGAUUCGAUGGGAGAUGACGAUACCUACGGAUUAAAUGAAAACGCAAGAAAAAUCUCCUUUUCCAAGCUUAGGCCUGGUGCAAUACCCUUCUUUGUUCCAUGGACACAAAGCCUGGACAGGUUAAGGGAUGAAUAUGAUUUAGAAGGAAGUUCUUCAUCUAACUCAUGGACGUGUAAUAAUAACAACCAGAACGACCUGAUGAGAAGUGUAAGCUUCGACAUAAAAGGACAGCGACCAGACGUCUCCUUUCCUAAUAAGGCUAGUUCGGAUCACGUACUCGCUCCUAUCUCUCGACCCUUCCUUUUGACCCUUAGGGGAUACGAUGUAAACAAAGACUCGGUUUUCUAUAUCUUGGAGGGAAAAACUAUAUUGGUUUGUUGCCCUGACGGUGCUGUUGUAAACAAGCCUUGUGUGACGCUCUCUGCGCCCGACAUCCAUACCCAGCACUGCCAUAUACACCUGAAACGGUCCUCAUAUUCACAUUCAUCGGGACCCCUCCAUCACAACUACUGUCUUGAAGUUGAAUGCAAUUUGACUUCUAACAUCCGAGUGAAUGGUUCGGCCGUCGUUGGUAGGGAGACAGUGCAAGCAGGAGACAUCCUUUCAAUUGGCAAUUAUUAUGUGUUCCUCUUUAAAGACUUCACAGCAGGAAGUGACAUUCCAUCAGAACUUCCUUGGAUUUCAUCAUCGUCUGAUGAUAUGUUUAGCGAUAGUAUGUGUCGGAAACAAAACAAUACUAAACGUCAUCCAAAUAUUGUCCAUGUACCCCCGCUUAUGCUUGGUUCUACCACAGAUGACAAUAUCUCAAUUACAACUAUGGAGUCGCAAGGAACAGAGGUUCAACGAGAGAAGUUCCGAUUCGCGUAUUCGCGUGAGAAAGAGGACGAACUUGUUAACGCUAUCGGUGCUGUUAUACGACUCGACCAGACAAACUUUGCUCUCGCACCUGCGUAUCUAUAUAGUAUGUGCAUCCAAUUUUCAUGUGUCCGGUUCGAUCCGUACCAAAUACGAAACUUGCUGCUGAGAAUUCUCGCUGCCGUCAGAGAAAGCGCUGCGGAUAUCUCAAAAGCAUUGAAGGGAAACAAAUUCAACAGUGGCCUGGUGAGAAGUAGACGCCACCCGUCCGUUAGUGAAGAUUUCCUUCGGGAGAUGCUUCAAUGGAUUUCCAACUGUGUUCAACUCAUCCUUUACCUCAGGGCAGACAACUUUCGGUUACCCAGAACAAGUGUAACCCGUGGUAGCCCCCUUGACCACGAUGUCCGGACGGCGUUCCGUGACCUUGCGACCGGCCUUGAAGAGAUAGUUGUAUUCUGCUUCCAACAGUCUAUUUACACGAUCACCAAGGCUCUGUACCUGUUACUUCCGGUGUUGUUGGACGGAAACCCCUUUACGGAGGAUUACGGUAGUAGACACGGUGUUGGCAAGAUUAUCGCCAUCUUUGACAGUGUAGCCGGAUUAGUUGUCUCACUGCGGCUGCACAAUGACGUCAUCAAACAACUCUUUAUGUACAUAUUCUUUUUCUGCAGUACAUCAGUUUUCAACCGUCUUUUCCUUAAAGAUGCAGCUGAACAAUACUACUGCUGGACGGCAGGCGUGCGCAUCAAAGCCAACCUUGCUAGGCUCGAGGAAUGGGCCAUCAGAAACAACUUAGAUGAAGAAUAUGAACAGCUUUUCGAGCGGUUGUUAAUUGUAGCGGAAUUCCUCUCGACGUCAAAAACUCUUCUUGAAAAGUAUGAUUGGCUUACAAUGAAAAAGCAGUUCCAGCCCUUAAAUGAGGCUCAGCUCUAUCGUCUUCUUUCUGGUUACCAUGCGGACAGGCAUACUAUGCCGGAAAACUGGCACCCUUCACCAGAGGAUGUGGAACUUGCUCUUCGAGAAGACGAAGUGAUGCUUGAUCUAUCCGGUCACCCCGCAUUCCUGCUUCCCACGGAGGGAUGCGACAUCGACCUAAUGCAUCCCCCGGAUGCUGGACAGUUUUGGGCUCUCUUCAAACAACUGUAUGCUCAGUUUGGUCUUUCAGAAGAUGAAAGUGACAUUGGCCCUAGUCCUGGGAACACACCACGAUUCACAGGCAACUUCCCAAAGGUCGAGCUGCAGAAAUCCUUCUUUUGCCAGACCUCGUCUUCCAGAUCUCGUACGAUGUCCCCUACCCGGAAAGUCCAGUUUGUUGCCGACACCGACAGCAGUACACCAUCAACUCCGAGAGGGCAAAAAACUUCAAAGGAAACCAGUGAUACCAAUAAAGCCACGGCACCAGUAAAGCCGAAACGAAACCUACUCAAACCAAAUAUCAGUUCUCGACAGAAAGACUCUCCAGAUAAAAGACUCGAUAUGCUAAUCAACAAAACAGUGUCCCCUACGACCACCAAUGGCGACGUCACUGAUCGAUCUGAACCGGAUUCUGCUGUCAUGGAUACAAGUGCAAGUCCAAUUCUCAUGAACAAGGGUAAUAUUUCUGCAGUAUCAAGUGAAACAACUGAGGUUAAAUCUGAAGACCCAUAUUCCACACGGAGCUCAGUAAAUGCCUGUCGAGUCUCAUCCCCACCACCAGUACCCCCACGGCAGCCAGUGGCCGGAAGUACUACUAAAACAGCGGGUAAGCGAGUUCAAAGGUCUGUUAGUGACAGAUUGGGAAUACCUGACAUAGAUCAGGAGGAUUUCAUGGACAGGAAACAUGGAUCCGAUAUCAGUAGGAGGGGAUAUCACACGGACGAUGAGGAGGGGAAAACUUCUGCUAGAAGUGGUUAUCAUACGGAUGGUGAGCAGGACCAAAUCUCGGUCAGAAACGGAUAUCACACGGAUGGUGAACAAGACCGAAUCUCGGUCAGAAGUGGCUAUCAUACAGAUGGUGAAGUUGGAAUGGACAGGAACGGGAAUGAUCAAAACGAAGACUUCUGCUCGAAAGAUCUGAUGCUUUCUGUCAAUAAGCAGAUUUUGGAAGCCCACAAGCAACACUCAGAACAAGCCCUUCCUGUAGUACAGCCACGUUCUCCGACCAAUAUCAAUAUAGAGGAACGUUUCGACAUGUCUACUUCGUCUCGUCUGUCCAAUAACCCUGUCUUCUCUGUCAAUGUCCGAAAGGGUAACCAAGGCCUAGGUCUUGGUCUUAUCGAUGGAUUGUACACACUACUGAGAUUAGCCGGUAUCUAUAUCCGGAAAGUCCUACCCGAUAGUCCUGCAGCUCUGAGUGGAAGUCUGCACGUAGGGGAUCGGCUUCUUUGCGUCAACGGCAAGAGCAUCGUUGGAGCGGAUUAUCAAAGUGCAAUGCGUUUAAUAAAGGCUUCCGGCGAAAAUCUGACGUUGUUGGUGGCCAAAGGAAAUCGUUCAAUUGCUGGGAAAAUAUCCUCUACGAAUUGCUGAUUGUCACCUGAAUUAUAUACUCCAUAUAGUUCUGACCAGAUAAUAUGUUCUAAAGACAAAGGUGUAGACAAGCAUUCCUAAACAAUCAUUGAAGUUCAUGCUAUUUCAUUUGUUUCGCAUGUGCAUCGACAUCUUCAGAAAACGGGAAUGUGCAAUUACUUCGACUGCGAUGUGAAUCGAUACUCUGGGAAAACUGGUACGGGUACUCUAUAUGAUUUUAAAGCCAUUUUCUAGCAUUGUGAGCAAAAUUUAUUCGAAUUUAACGUGAUGGCAAACAUUUAAGCUACACUAUCAAGCAUCUUGUAAUCUCAAAUUCGUUUGCAUACUAUCGUACGAGCAAUUCUGUCAAGUAAAACUACUACUAAUUGGUAUCGCAAAAUCACACAUUCGUAGAUUUACUACUACUAAUUAUCGUACAAUAUCAAAUUCAUUGUUGUGCGAACACUGUAUUUAACAAUCAAAUCGUUGUUCAAAAAUGUAAGGUAUUGUUGCAUGUACCAUUAAUCCAUUAAUAUUUUACCUUAAUUUAUAAUUAAUUAGAGGUACGUAAAAUACAUGGUUUAUCUUAAAA